AUGGCAGCAAUAAAAGUAGUAGAUGAUAUGAUGAUAAGUAAAGCUGAACUAACCUUAGGUGCAUCACAAACGGGUGAUACAAAUACAGGUGCUAUUCAAUCAAAAUCAUUGUCAAAGCAUUCUAGACAACGAAAAGUGUCAAAGAAUCUCUUUUCGCAAGAAGAGAGACAAAAAAGAGAGCAAAAUGAGAAAGAUGUUAACAUCGCGAAGCUAAAAAAGAAUGAACGGGUCAAUAAAUGGCUAAUUAUGGAGUUUAUUGGUAAAGGUGCAUUCGGAUGUGUUUAUAAAGUCGGAUAUCAUGGUGAACGAUAUGCGCUUAAAUUCGAUCUCGGAUGCUGCAGUGAUAAACCACUACUGGUUGAAAAGCACGUUUUGGAAUUAGCUAAACAAGCAGAAAGUAAACAUAUCGGUCGACUUAUCGAUUAUGGGAGUUAUUGCGGCUUUGAGUACAUUGUAAUGACACUUGUUGGCAAAUCGUUACGAGAUAUUCUAAUGGAACGGAAAAGGAAAAAGUUCUCUGCCGGAUGUGUCAUUUCAGUUGGCCUACAAUGUGUGGAAGCAAUCGAAGAACUCCAUCGAGUUGGAUUCAUUCAUCGCGAUAUAAAACCAUCAAAUUUUGCCACCGGACGAACUGAUCUCGUAAACGGCGCUCGAAAAAUUUUCCUCAUUGAUUUUGGUUUGAGCUAUCAUUACGUCGAUUCGAAGGAUCAAAUAAAGCAUUUAAAACGCGGUACCAGCUUCAAAGGGACAUUACGUUAUGCACCAUUGGGAUGUCAUCAACGACGUCCACCAGGUCGUCGUGAUGACCUUGAAUCCUGGAUGUAUCAGCAGAUCGAAUUUACAAAAGGAUUUUUACCGUGGAAAAAUCUGGAUAAUGAGCAAGCUAUUAUGCAUGUAAAAGAAACAAUUCGAACAAAUGAUGGCAUGCAAAAGCUGCUCAAAUCUUGUCCUAAGAAGUACAUGGAAAUAAUGAAGUAUAUAUGCAAAUUGAAAUACACAUCCAAGCCAGAUUACGAUCUCAUUUAUAAGAUGGGAAAAAUUGAUUUUCAGUUGCUUCGAAAAAUUCUCUUUGAAGCCAGACUGCAGGAAUAUCCAUACGAUUGGGAAUAUAAAUCUUUGGGAUAUUUUCGUAGAAAAUGA